GGCUUCACAUCCAAUUCUCCAUCGACGUCGUUUAGUUCGGUUAUGACAGAAAGAAGACAGCGUCUACGCGAUCAAUGCCUGAAGAAGCCACCAAAUCCUUUAUUUCUCCAAGAAGCUGACUUUACUCGUUUCAUCGUUAUUGAAAAGUUGAAACUAGUGUUUUGCUUCAUCCCCAAAGUUUCAUGUACAACUUGGAAGCGAAUCCUUUAUAGUGCUGAGAAUAAUGGCGAAAAACUAGAAGGAGUCUCACACCGAAAGAAACUAUUUUCUUGGCUUCAGGACUACAGCAUUUUAGAGCGGCAGAAGAUAUUGAGCACCUACUACAAAGCUAUGUUUGUCAGAGAGCCUUUUGCGAGGCUGGCAUCAGCAUAUCGAGACAAAGUUAAAAAGACGUGGUUCAGUAGAUUUCUUCUCCCCGACAAAACAAAGCGAGAAAUAAAAAAAGAAAAAGAACAUCCAUUUUCAGCAUUUGUAAAUAGAGUUAUUGAAACCAACGCAACGCAACAAAAAAAUCGUGGUAUCGAGGAUCAACAUUGGCGAUCAUACGAGCAGAUAUGUCCAUGUGAAGUGGACUAUGACUUCAUUGGUCACUUUGAGAAUUUAGACGAGGAGGCACCAACGCUCCUGAAGAUUAUUGGCGUCGAUGGCUACGUAACAUUUCCUGAUUAUCACCCGUCUAAGACUUCGCCUUACAUGUUGGAGUAUUACUCCCAAUUGACGGUAGAUGAAAUCUUUCAGCUGAAGAAACUGUUUGAUUUGGAUUUUAAAUUAUUUGGGUAUGACUUUCCCGGGCCUUUAGAGGGUAUUUUAAAGAAAAAAGGUCUCUCAGAAGAAAGCUGA